AUGCCCGAGAAGGUGUUGUUUGUGAAGUAUGAGGAGAUGAAAGCGGACCCGAGCAUUCAAGUGAGGAGGUUGGCCAAUUUCAUUGGGCGUCCAUUCAACGAAGAAGAAUUGAGAAACGGGACCGUGGAGGGAAUACUGAGGAUGUGUAGCUUUGACAAUUUAAGUGCAUCGGAGGUGAGUAGGAGCGGCAAGUUGCCUACUGGAGUAGAGAACAAGUGGCUCUUCAGGAAAGGCGAGGUUGGAGAUUGGGUGAAUUACAUGAGCGCUGAGAUGGGAGAGAGAAUUGACGGCGUCAUGGAAGAAAAGUUGCAUGGUUCUGGUUUGAAGUUUUAA